AUGAAAAAAUUUGAGGAGGAACUGAAUUCAUUGCUUGGCAAGCAUCGUAACUCUAUAGCAUCGAUACUUGGUGCAGAAGGACAUGAGUUUCCGAUAAGUGAGCGGCUCGCCAUCCAUGCCCGAAAAGUAGCAAGGGAUCGAACAGCUGCCGAGGAGCUAUUCAAAAUGCACGAAAAUGAACUAUGUCGUGCGCAACAUGCACUCUCCCAGAGCAGCCGGGAAGUUGAUCGUGUCACUGAACAAGCUGCGACGUAUAAAAGGCGAAUUAGUAAGGUAGUUUUAUCUGAGAAUGACGUUGAAAGACGGCUGAAUGAGGUGCGAACUCUGCUCAAAAAAUCCCAGCAAGACUUAGGGGUCAUCGACGGUUGCAAGUUCCUGUAUCAGGAAUGGGAGGAGGAAGUUGUGAUGAAGAAUUGCUGUCCGCUUUGUGGAAGAACUGGCAAGAGCGGCGACGAUUGGGACUGCAAAUCUUUGGCAGAAAAGGUAGUUUUAUCUGAGAAUGACGUUGAAAGACGGCUGAAUGAGGUGCGAACUCUGCUCAAGAAAUCGCAGCAAGACUUGGGGGUCAUCGACGGUUGCAAGUUCCUGUAUCAGGAAUGGGAGGAAGAAGUUGUGAUGAAGAAUUGCUGUCCGCUUUGUGGAAGAACUGGCAAGAGCGGCGAUGAUUGGGAUUGCAAAUCUUUGGCAGAAAAGGUACUGCAAUUUCAAAAUAUUUUUGCAGUGAACUUCCUCAAAACACAAGUGGGUGAUGUCGAUGAAAGUCUCAGGCAGCGUUGGGAUGAUCUGAGUGCCGAAUUAUCGCGUAACGAAUUGAACGAAUUGAAAGAACGUCGUGCAGCAUUUGGUCAGAAGGUGGCACAGCAUGACUCAACGAAGAAAUCUUUAGAUGGCAAAAAAGCGGAAUUGGAAUGUUGCGAAAAAGACUUGCUGGAGCUGAAUGAGCAAAAACCACUGGCCGAACAACAACUACAAGUAAGUUUUUCGGACGAUAGUUGA